AUGACGGAUACGCAACUGCUAAGUGAGGCCCGUGAGGAAUUGGAAAAUGCUUUGUCAGUGAGAGACACAGCUAUUCUCUGCGAACAUCUUCAACGAGCCCUCGACAUAUUCGGUCAAAUGGCCGGUUCCACUGUCAGUGAACAAAUUCUUGAUGAUCUUUUCAAACAGUUCUGUAUAGGGAAA